UUUUCAAUUCAAAUGAAAAUAUUAUUAGUAUCAAGGAAGAACAGCAGGUGAAGAACAAGCAAUAUUAAUAAUAUUAAAAUUAAAAAUAUUAAUAAUUAUAAGAUGGCGGUCUUGUUCGAGAUGCGAGCUGAUUCCGGUGCAAAGGGAACCUUCUCCGUACUCCUUCUUUUUCUUCUCUUAAUCCUCAUUUUGCCUUGCAUUUAAUUCAUCUACCACUCUUUAUUAACUUUUUUCUUUUCUGGGUUUUCAACCUUUUUGUUAGUGGGUGACUUGGUCUGAUUCAAUUCUAGGAACUUAUUUAAGUUCGAAGUGGUUAGUUUUACGUUUUCUUGAUCUGGGAUUGGUGGGCUACUCUAAAUCUGAAGUGGGCUGAUUCUGGGUUUGCUCUUGAUUUUGGUUUGGUGGAGAGUUUGAUAAGUGGAGGGGGAAAUUGUUGGGUUUGGUGGACUCUAUUGUGAUUGUGUUAUGAUUGAAUCUGUAUUUGGAUGCAUUAUUGAUGAAUCUGGGAUUGGUUAAGUGUUUAACGUUUGGAUUUGGGAGGAUUAAUUAGAGUUAAUUGUUUUUUGUUUGUUGUUGUUGAUUGAAAAAUAUUUCGUAUUUUGUUCUUGAUGGUGAUGUUGAUGUAUGAUUUUAGUGUAAAUACUUUGAGAUUUGUGAAUCUUCUCUUAGUUCAUAGAAUGAUGUGUUGAUUUCUUCCUCCUUUGAUAAAUUUUGGGAAUCCUGGGAGGAAUUUGAUUUCAUUUUACACCCAUUUUUAGUUUAAGGAAAAAAAAAAAAGAAGUCAAAAUCAAUUGUAACACACCCAAAUCAGCCACUAUUUUUGUUGUGGAUUUGUUAUAUCAAAUUUGAGUCAGACAAAAGCUGUAGAUUUUUUGUUUUCUUACUGAAAGGAAAGUGAAAUACUCAAUUUAGAAGAAGCAGCAGUGGCAGAAGGAGAAGCUGAGUUUACACGAAAAUUUGUUGGGUUUUUGUUGUUCUAUGGGAAUAGCUGAUAGUUCAAUAUUAGAUCUGAUACAGAAGGUUAGGUCUUGGAUUUCUUGGGGAGGUAGUGAUCUAUCAAGUUUGUCUGGGGAAUUUAAGAUGCCUGAUAAUCUUCACAAAAUGUGUUCCGAGUGUGAUGCGAAGUUGAAUGAAUCUUGCAAUGGAUACCAUUGCCAAAGUUGCGGUCGUUGGUUGUGUGGGAGGUGUAAUCAGGGUACUGAAUCGAGGGAGAGUAUCAAGGCUUGCAAGUUUUGUAAUGGAAUAAGUGUGAGUUAUGGAUGUGGGAGGAAGAACAGUGAGAAGGUGCACCCUUCUGUCUCUCCUCGAGAAAGCCCUGAGCCACCUUCACCAAGUUUGAGUUCUGAGAAAAAUGAUUGCUCUGUGAAUAGUGAAUCUGUUCAGAGUGAUCGUCUUGCUCACUAUCUUGAAUUCCGGGAUUGUGGGUACUCUCUUCAUGCAAUGACCAGCCGGAGCCAAAGUAUGACUUCAUUUAGUGCUCAGCCUUCUCCAGUAUCUGUUCGGUGCUCGCCCAGCAGGAGUGAUGAAGAAGAGGCAGAAGAAUCUAGGAAGCACUUUUUCAGCCCAUCUAGCGAGUAUUAUCUCGAUAUUUCAGAUAUAGAUACAAGUAGUAUUAGUGCUAGGCACGAGUUUUACAAUUUGAAGUCAUUGGGAUCAAGUCCCUCUGACAGCCCCUCUAGGAAUAAUUUUACUCAUUGUAGAGGCAGUAAAAGUGUACAGCAGGCACAAGAGGGAAGCCCAUUGUCUCAGAACAAUAGUUCCUUCAAUCGAGAAAGUAUGGCUGUUUUGAAAAGGCCUGAUAGAGGGACUGAGGAUCCAGAAAAUACUGAUGAUUACUCUGAUGACCUCUCUAUUUUUCGAGACCAAGAUAGUAGAUCACAGAAGCCAUUAGAAUUUGAAAGUAGUGGUCUUAUCUGGAAUCCCCCACCACCUGAUGAUGAAAAUGAUGAGGCUGAGAGCAAUUUCUUCUCCUAUGAUGAUGAUGAUGAUGAUGAUAUUGGGGAAUCAAGUGCGAUGUUCUCAUCCAGUACUAGUCUUUCUAGUAUGUUUCCAGCCAAGGAGAAGCAAAAUGAGGGUAAUAAAGAACCUCUUAGAGCUGUGGUACAAGGGCAUUUUAGGGCUCUUGUUUCAGAGCUAUUACGAGCUGAGAAUAUCAAAGUGGGGAAAGAGGACUGGCUGGGUAUAGUCACGAUGAUAGCAUGGCAAGCUGCAAAUUUUGUGAAACCAGAUACCAGUAGAGGAGGCAGUAUGGAUCCUGUUGAUUAUGUGAAGAUUAAAUGCAUUGCAUCUGGAAACCCAAGUGAGAGCACCCUUAUUAAGGGGGUAGUUUGUACAAAAAAUAUAAAGCACAAGCGCAUGACAUCACAGUACAAAAAUCCUAGAUUACUUAUUUUAGGAGGAGCACUUGAAUAUCAGAGAGCAGCAAAUCAGUUGGCUUCUUUUAAUACAUUAUUGCAACAGGGGAAUGAUCACCUCAAGAUGGUAAUUUCAAAGAUAGAGGCUCUUCGCCCCAAUGUUUUGCUGGUGGAAAAAAGUGUGUCAUCUUAUGCCCAAGAACUUCUGACAAAGGACAUUUCAUUAGUGCUUAAUGUGAAAAGGCCAUUACUGGAGCGGAUAGCUCAGUGCACUGGUGCUCAUAUCUGUCCGUCGAUUGAUAAUGCUUCAACAACACAACUUGGACAUUGUGAACUCUUCCGGCUAGAAAAAGUUUCUGAAGAACAUGAGCCCACCAAUCAGUUUAAAAAAAAGUCUAAAACGUUGAUGUAUUUUGAAGGGUGUCCAAGGCGUUUAGGUUGCACGGUCCUGCUGAGGGGUGCUUCUCAGGAAGAACUAAAGAAAGUCAAACAUGUUGUUCAGUAUGCAGUAUUUGCAGCCUAUCACUUAUCCCUUGAGACUUCUUUCCUUGCUGACGAGGGUGCUACUCUGCCUAAAACCAGACUAAACCACUCACGUACUAUACCAGAGAGGAUAAUAGCUGAUAAUUCCAUUUCUUUAAUCCCUAAUUGUCAGGCAGUAGCUGAUUUCUGUACCCAGGAUGAUGGAUCUGUGAAUCUCAAUCUGGCACGUGGAGGAUUGAAAUCAUUGUCUGAGCAUUUUGAUCCCAAGUAUAUUUGUUCUUCUGUUUCCAUGGAUCAUAGGUUUGAUGAUGCAACCUCACGCAAUGAUGAUUUAGAACCUGAUGUUGGCCUAAAUUUACAAUCCCUUAAUCAAUGCAAUGAUUUGAAGGAGUCCAGCGUCUGUUCUGUUGAUGCUAGUAAUCUUACACAACCAGAAUUGCAAGAUAUCAUGGGUCGAGAGGAGAGGCAGCAUGGGGAGAUUCCUGAAUUGACAAAAUUUAAUAGGGUUAAUGAAGAUGAACCAUCCGGUGAAUACUUCUCAGCUGCUGACACUCACCAGAGUAUAUUGGUGUCAUUUUCAAGCCACUGUGUGCGGAAACGAACUGUGUGUGAACGCUCCCGGCUCCUGCGCAUAAAGUUCUAUGGCUCAUUUGAUAAGCCACUUGGGCGGUACCUUCGUGAUGACCUGUUCGAUGAGACGGCUUGUUGUCAAUCUUGUAAUGAGUCAGCAGAAGCCCAUGUUCUAUGUUAUACCCACCAGCAGGGAAAUCUAAUGAUCAAUGUUAAACAUCUCUCAUCAGUAAAGCUACCUGGGGAACGGGAUGGCAAGAUAUGGAUGUGGCAUCGAUGCUUGAGGUGUGCUCAAACAGAUGGAGUCCCUCCAGCAACUCGUCGAGUGGUCAUGUCAGAUGCUGCAUGGGGGCUUUCUUUUGGAAAGUUUUUGGAACUUAGCUUUUCAAAUCAUGCUACUGCUAAUCGUGUUGCAAGCUGUGGUCAUUCAUUGCAAAGAGACUGCCUCCGUUACUAUGGGUUUGGGAGCAUGAUUGCAUUCUUCCGUUAUUCCCCUAUUGACAUUCUCUCUGUCCAUUUACCCCCCUUGGUUCUUGAAUUCAAUGGCCAUGGUCAACAGGAGUGGAUCAGAAAAGAGGCAGAAGAGCUUUUGGUUAAGAUGGAAACUGUAUACGCUGAGAUAUCUUAUGUGCUUGAAGGCAUGGAACAGAAAAGUAGUUCUGUUGGAUGUGAAACUUCCAAUACAACAGAUUUAAAGAACCACAUUCUGGCACUGAAGGAUCAGAUUAAGAAGGAAAGGAAUGAUUACCUGGAUUUCUUACGACCUGUUGUUACGGAGACUUCAGAAUCAAGUCAAGCAUCUGUAGACAUUCUUGAACUGAACCGUUUGAGACGUGCCCUCCUCCUUGGUUCACAUGCUUGGGAUCAACAACUUUGUUCAUUGAGCUCUCUUCUUAAGAAAGUUUCUAUUGUCAAGGCUACUCCUGGGGGGCCAUCUUAUGCCAAUCUGAAAGAGUUAAGAAGUGAUUCAGUGUGCAAGGAUGGUAAAAUUGAGUAUGGGAAUGAGGAAAAUGUGUCUGGUUCUUCUUUAGAAGUACAGGAAUCUCCUGCAAAUGAUUCACAGCCAGAACAGAACAAUGAGCCUAGUUUACCAACCUUUGAACCUUUUGGUUCUGACAUUUCUUUAAUAGGCUCAUCUCUUCCUAACAGAGAGGAAGAUGUCCAUUUGGAUAGUGAAAUUGCAUCCACUCUGUCUGAGAGAAUAGAUUCUGCAUGGACGGGGACUGAUCAAGUGGUCCAGCCUCUACAAGCAUCUCAGAGAGAUGGUCUCCAAGCUGGUUUUGUUGGGCAGAUAAGAAAAGUCGAUAAUCACCCUUUUAAAAGGCUAACAACUCCGGGGAGAUUUCAUUCUUUUGAUUCUGCUCGGAGAAUGCGGGAAAGAAUGUUGAAAGGGUUGCCCUCUUCUUCAUUGCAUUUGUCGACACUUAGAUCUUUCCACGCUUCAGGAGAAUAUAGGUGUAUGGUCAGAGAUCCAGUAUCUAAUAUAAUGAGCACUUACUUUCAAAUGUUGCCACUGGAGGCACAGAAGCUAAAUUUGGUUCUCAGUUCAACACCCUCAUUUAUUUCCUCUGCUUCUCGUGUGGCUGAAGGGGCUCGGUUGCUGCUUUCCCAUGGGGGCAAUAAUGAUUUAGUUAUUGCUGUCUAUGAUAAUGAUCCUACCAGCAUAAUAUCAUAUGCUCUUAGUUCCAAGGAGUAUGAGGACUGUGUUGCAGAUAAGUUCAGUGAGCAUGGAGUGUGGAGUGCCAAUGAGACCAAUAGAGAAGGCUCUGGGGAUUCUACCUUUUCAGCCUGGCAGUCAUUUGGCUCUGCAGAUUUGGAUUAUAUCCACUAUGGAAGUUACGGAUCUGAAGAUACUUCUGCUUCUUCAAUGAGUAACUUGUUUGCUGAUCCCAAGAAGUCGCCACACCUAACCAUUUCUUUUGAGGAUGAGUCUUCAAUUGCUGCUGGUAAAGUGAAGUUCUCUGUUACUUGUUACUUUGCAAAGCAGUUUGACUCUCUUAGAAAGAAAUGUUGUCCUAGUGAAGUGGAUUUCGUGUGUUCCUUGAGCCGCAGCCAGAGAUGGUGUGCACAAGGUGGAAAAAGCAAUGUAUUUUUUGCCAAGUCAUUGGAUGAGAGAUUCAUAAUAAAACAAGUUAAAAAGACCGAGUUGGAUUCCUUUGUGGAAUUUGCACCAGAAUACUUCAAAUAUAUGACAGAAUCUCUUACUUCAAGGAGCCCAACUUGUCUUGCUAAAAUUCUUGGCAUUUAUCAGGUCUCUGUUAAACAUCUGAAAGGUGGCAAGGAAAUAAAAAUGGAUUUGAUGGUAAUGGAGAAUCUCUUUUUCAGGAGAAGCAUCUCAAAGGUCUAUGACCUUAAGGGUUCUGCGAGAUCUCGAUACAAUCAAGAUACAACAGGUGCAAACAAGGUACUUCUAGAUAUGAAUCUCUUAGAAAUUCUGCGAACAGAACCAAUAUUUCUCGGAAGCAAGGCAAAGAGAAGCUUAGAAAGAGCCAUUUGGAAUGAUACAUCAUUUUUGGCAUCUGUUCAUGUAAUGGACUACUCGUUGCUGGUUGGGGUGGACGAAGAGCACAAGGAGCUGGUUUUAGGGAUCAUUGAUUUCAUGAGACAGUAUACAUGGGACAAGCAUUUGGAGACAUGGGUUAAAGCUAGCGGGAUUCUGGGCGGUCCAAUGAAUGCUUCCCCGACAAUCAUCUCUCCCAAACAGUACAAGAAAAGAUUCAGGAAAGCAAUGACAAGCUAUUUUCUCACAGUACCUGAUCAAUGGUCUUCAUGAAACUGCUGCAACAUUGCAUUCUUUCUUGCACAAAAGCCAUUUGUUCAUUAAUUACACUAUAAUUAUAGAUAAAAUGGAGUGGAGUCAACUCCCUGCUUUACCAAUUGCCCCCCUUGUUUCCAAUUUUUUUUGCUUAUGUGUAGAAGUGGCCUUAAAGAGAAGGCUUGUACAUUUGAGGGAAAAAUAGAAAUUCCUUGUGAAGAGAGCUCUUUGUACAUGUUUUUAUUUAUGUGCAAAAAGGUUCAUUCACAAAACUCCAGUUUGUAAUGUAAAUCCCUUUGGUUUUAACA